CAAGUCUACACGAUAAGGAUUUCAUUGAUGGCCUAGCUGAGAACCUCUACCAUUUACAAUGAAAAUAUCACCUUUGUAGCUGUACAGAUGGAGAUAAGUGCUAUCAGUGUUUCUCGUGAUGUAGGUUUCCCUGAGUCAUGCCCACUUGCAUUGUCCUCUAUCGCAUGAAAUUAAGUAUGAUGGGACACGCAACACGAUCUCUUCUUUGCAUUGUGUACCUGUCAGCUGUAAAGUAUUAAAGGAUUUUCCACUCCUGCGGCAUCCAUCUCGGGACCGGAUCUGUAACAAGGUCUUUCAUAAGUCUUAGAUAAGGUCUUACAUAAGCUAUAACAGAUAUUCGGAAUUCACCUACCUUCUUGAGUUUCUGAACGCUGCAUUUCGACUUGUUUCACUGGGAAAAGCUGAUCUAGACCUAAGUGAAGGACUGUAUGUAUACUUAACCUCACACUCUACAGACAUCAGGACAUUGGCUUGCACUUUCUCAUUGUUGGUAUUUCAGCUUAGAAAUAUGGCCAGCGCAGACACAACGUACUAUGAUAAUGAGCAGCUGCCCCGGGCUAUCCAAAGUCAAGACAUGGAAGCCUUUGAUGGAGGAUCGACCAGUGCCACUUCUUUCUCCAUGAAGACGUUCACAUGGCUCGUGCUCCUCGUCCAGGUGUUCGGACUGGCGGCAGUCGUUAUGGUGGCCGUGUGGAUGGGGCACUUCCGAGGGGGUUUUGCCUGGCAGAGUAACCCGGGCCUGGAAUUCAAUUACCAUCCUUUGUUCAUGAUCAUUGGCAUGGUGUUCCUGUUUGGUGAUGCCAUCUUGGCCUACCGCGUGUUCCGGAAUGACAACAAGCUGAUCAUCAAGAUCGUCCACGCCUGUAUGCAGGCUGGAGCCCUCAUCUUCGCCGGUGUUGGACUCAAGGCUGUGUUUGACUCCCAUAACUUGGCAGCGAACCCCAUCCCCAACAUGUACUCCCUUCACAGCUGGCUCGGAAUGAUCACCGUCGUCAUGUUCGGGCUCCAGUGGGUGUUUGGAUUUGUGUCCUACCUGUACCCCAAGGCGGGAAUGGCCUCUCGUCGGAUGUACAUGCCGUAUCACGUGUUCUGGGGCAUCGCCAUCCUCUGCUUUGCUGUGGCAACGGCACUCAUGGGAAUAACGGAGAAAGUCAUUUUCUCAAAUAUAAGUUACAACAAGUUCAUACCCGAAGGAGUCCUGCUGAACUGUCUUGGUCUCACCAUCGUAGCAUUCGCCACCCUUGUCAUCUUCCUUCUGACACGCCCCGAGUUUAAACGCCCCCCAGGACCUGAAGAGGAGCACCUCCAGCUAUCUGAGUAAUGAUUGGCUUAAACACUGGCCAAUCAGAAUUGGGGACAUAUCUUGAAUAGGUUAUACUGGAAUUAAGAUACAUAUGGCAUUAUUUGAUGUCGUAUAUUGAAAAAACCUGAAAUUUGCAUAUUAUGUCAAGGCAAACUAUAACCUGCUGAUGAAAUAUCAGAAAAAUGUAAAAUGUGUUUAUUUCUAUUUCAAACUUUUGGUGAGUUAACAGCAUAUAAAGAGCUAUUGCAUAAAGUUUUAUAUUUCAGUUUUAAAAGGAAAACAAGAAAAUAUCCUUUGUCUUCUUUAUCCACCUAUUGCUUAUAGCAUUUAUCAAUGAUAUGACUGGGAAUGGUCAAUUCACAUCUAGGUAAGUUCUCGAAUAUGUUUCUAGAAUCAUGACCAUUUUCUAAAAACAAAGCUAGUCAUGGAUGAAAAGUUAGUUUAUUUUUGAAACAUCAGCUCCCUAUUGAGACCUUGCUUACAGUUGUGUGUAGGAUUUUCUGAUGAUGUAAUGUAAAUGGCAAGCUGAGCAAAAUGUUAUGACACAGGCUACCCAUGACUAACCACUGGCAAUGGAUGAAAGUAGUGUAUGCUUGUAUCUCGGUCACAAGCCCAACAACACACUGACAGCUUUCAUUUAACAGAUCUGGCUUUCAAA